AUGAAUCACGGAAACGGAAUGCCGGGGUUAUUUGAUACUGAGCUGAUUCGGGUAUAUGAAGACGAGAAUUUGGCAAAGAUUUAUGGGAAAUAUAGAUUACCAUAUUGUUCGUCCGUACCGAAAGAAAUAAUGCAGUUUAUGAGAGAAAAAAGUCCUGCGAAUAACCAAGAUGGGAGAUAUGCGCGAAUGCUUGAUGUCGGCUGUGGAUGUGGAACAUUAUCAACACAAAUGUUCUCUAAAUAUUUCCAAUCCAUUUUGGGUGUCGAUAUCAGCGAAGCCAAAAUCAGGCAAGCAAAAUUAUUAAACAAAUCCGAAAACAUCACUUUCGAGGUUAUCCACAGCCACAAGUUUCCAGUAGAAGAUAAUAGCAUUGAUCUCAUCACGAGUGGAACAUCCAUUCAUUUUCUUGAUAUAAAGGAAUUUGAAAAAGAAUGUCAGAGAGUUUUAAAACCUGGUGGAAUCUGUGCUGCGUUUGCCCUUAAUUCUCGAAGGGCGAGGUCGAUCAACAUCCACGAAAACGAUUCGUCCUGCAUAUCUUUGGAGCCUAUGAUUGAUCAAUUUUUUGUCGAUAUCGAAGCCCAUCCGUGUAAUUUUGAAUCACUUGACGGAAAUCGACCGAUUUUUGAUCGAAUACAAAAUCCAUCUAAAAGAUGGCUAAAAGAAAUCGUGAGCGAAAAAGAGCUGUCUCUGCAAAAAAUCAAAGAUACGUUUCAAACUACUGGAGAAUACGUUAUGAUGAAGAAACGGAAACCAACUGUUGAUCCUCUUGAAAGACUUGCACAAAAUAUCAAGAAAGGUCUUCAGUUGGAUCAGGCACUUGUCGACGAAGAUAUAAUGCUGAGUGUUGAGUUAGUUAUGUCCACCUUCGUAUUCAUAAAGGACUAUUUGAAUUGA